AUUCCGCGGGCACUUGUAGAAGGCCUUGUGGAAGAGGCAUGAUGGAGGAAUCUCCUACACCGAGCAUAGCACCACCCUAAUUUCCGCAUCCACGCACUCCCAGGAAUAUUUUGGCGGCAGGUCUGCUCAGUCUGUCGUCAUCUUCAAGAUCAGUGAUCAGUCCUCUUGCAGCAGCGGAGCGUCACGGAUCGCCUGCCUAUUCGCCAGGGACAAACAUAGCCCUCUGGCCGGGGGGGAAACUCAGCGAAAGAACUUGACAAGGUGGACUUCGCCUUUGCGUCAGUCUAUGGCGAAUCCCUCUUUUAGUGGCGGCCCCUCGCCCCACGGCCUGGACGUGGCGGGCAUGCUGCAGCUGGCACGGCAGAGGGUGGACGAGGGACAGCCGUCAGCCGCCCUGCAACUGAUCAUCACAGUGUUGAGAGCCCAAGGCGGGGAGGCAGCAGUACUGUCAGCCCUAACUCGAGCGAGAGCCAUGCACCACGACAGGCAGCAGCUGCAGCAGGGGGCCGACGACAUCACUGCGUUGCUGGCACGCUGUGCUAUCGGCACCGCUGAUGUGGCAGUGCCAGCUGGCAGCGGGCAAAUGAUUCCAGGGGGGCCGAUGGAGAGGGGAUGGCAAGGGCAGGGAGGGGGCAGUGCGGUGGCAUGGGGAGGGGGAGCAGAUGAGGGGAUGGGGGGAGAUGGCAUGGGGGAGGGGGAGGGAGGGCAGCAGCGAGUAGGCGGGAUGGAGGGGAUAGACCAGACAGGCAGGUAUGGAGUGAGCAGUAUCCAGGGUGGUGGGAUGAAUGGGGCAGCAGGGUAUGGGAUGGACCAAGAGCGAAGGUAUGGGGUGGACCAAGAGAGAAGGUAUGGGGUGGAUCGGGCGCCCAUACUGGCAGAGCAAGGGCGCAUGCAGGUGGUGGUGGAUGCAUCAGCGGAUGGCAGCAGCGUGACGUGCCACAUGUGCCAUGGGGUGAUCAGCGGGGCGCGGUGGAAGGAGCACCUGCAGUUCUGGUGCAGGGCUGCUGCGCGUGAUGCCACGGGGAAUGAUGGCCUUUCCCCGUGACGCAUGCACACUGGACUCUUGGCGCUUUGAGCUCAAGGCCAGAGCACCCGCUAGGGGGAGGGGAUGGCUGGCAGCAGUGUGACAUGCCUUGCCACAUAUGCCAUGGGAACAGCGCCUGGGUUGUGUUGUGUGGUAUGAAUCAGGAUUUAGGGUUCACAUCACAAUGCCUUGGGGGAACAAUGCCUUGGGGGAACAAUGCGAAAUCAGGGUAAUGGGACAUGAGAGUCGUCUGAGUUGUGUGUGACCCACCCUGGUACUCUGUCAAACAUGUUUUGUAUGUUCCUGUAGACUAUAUAGGGUUGUGCCUUCGGGAGUUCAACUCAUUAUGUUAUAUUCCCU